CGCCGUAUGAUAUCAGUGGGACGGGCAGUCAUUCUGUGACUCUAUAAAGUAGGGUCUACAAGUACAAGUGACUUCAUAUUAACGAGAAAACACAGCUUCCUGCGGUUACAGAAUACAUUAUUUCAAUCUCGAGGCCCAGACAUCUACUUCGUGGUUCCUCCAAGAUGCAUCUUCUCUCCGAACCACACGUCUCUCGCAUUCUGAGAAACCUAACUCCAGACCAAUGCCACAUCUUACUCGACGCUCUGAACGAAGCACUUGUAACCGUCUCAUCAGAGACCACAAAACCAGAAGGGGAGCGACUCAUCCAUCAACCCCUCCGCACCACCAUCACCACCAAAGACAACAACCUAUCGCUCUUCAUGCCCGUCUCCAACACAGCCAGCACAGGCAUCAAGAUUGUCACUGCCUCGCAGAGCGAAGGCAUCAUCGGGGUGAUCAACAUCUUCUCGCCGGAGGGCCGGCUCCUCGGCCUCCUCAGCGCCGCAGAAAUCACAGCCUUUCGCACGGCCCUCGCAACCAUGACGCUGUUUACGCGCUGCACGUCUAUCGCUAAGAAGCACAUCGUGAUUUUCGGCUCGGGCCGUCAAGCAGAGUGGCACGCUCGGCUGGCGCUGCUGCUUGUUCCGCGGCUGGUGCGGCGAAUCACCUUCAUCAAUCGGGGUCGCAGGCGGCUGGAGGAGCUGGAGACGGAGGUGAUCGCAGAGUUGAGAGCCUCGCAUCCGGAUAUCGUAUUCGCUACGCUGGCUAGGGAGGGGUCUGAUGAUGCAGAGUACGAGGCACGGCUGCGCGCGGAGGUCGCCUCGUGCGAUGUCAUCUUUAGCUGUACACCGUCUACGGAGCCCAAUUUUCCCUACGGGUAUCUUUCGUCUGCAUCUACAUCUGAGUCUGCGACUCCGCCUAAACAGCGGUUUAUUUCGCUGAUUGGGUCGUACAAGCCGCAUAUGUGUGAGGUCGAUACCGAGACGAUCCUCUCGGGUGGUGGGCAGAUCUAUGUUGAUUCUCGGGAGGCUUGUCUGGAGGAAUCUGGGGAGCUGAUCAAGGCGCAGGUACGAGGGGAGCAGUUGGUUGAGAUUGGGGAGUUGUUUGGGAAGUUGGGGAGGUCGGAGCCGGUUGUGUGCGUGGGUAUGGGGAUUAUGGAUCUGGUGAUUGGGAAGAAGCUGUUGGAUAUUGGUGUCGAGCAGGGACUGGGGAUGAAUGUGGAUGGUUUCUGAUGGUUCUCUAGCAUGUAUUUUCUCCUCUCUAGACAUAUGAACAGGAUGAGCAGGAAUAGGCAAGGUAGUAUGGUCAGUAU